AUGAAGAUUAAUGUUCAUCAUGAUACAUCAUUAUUGUCGGAAUUGAAUUUGGGCGUGAAACAAGAAGGCUCAAAGAAGUCUCAUAAAAAGAAAUCCAAUGAAAAGAAGGAAAAUCAACAACAAAAGGAAUCAUCAUCUUCUUUAUUUGAAAUUGUUCCAUUUGAUGAGAAAAUUACAAAGGAAAGUAAGAUGAAGUUAAAGAUUAAAGAAAUUCAAGCAAAGAAGAAACUUGAACGUCAAAUUGAAACUAUGGAAAAAACAAUAAAAAGACAACAAGAAGAAAUGGAGGAUAACAUUUCCGAUCAAGAAGAUGUUGUUUUAGAAGAGGAAGGUACAAUGGAUGAUGUUGAAAUUCACGAAAAUGUUGAGCCUAAAUUUACCAAAGUUUCAUAUUUCUACAAGAAACAAUUGAAUGAAAAUAUUAAGGAAUAUGAGAGUGAAAAUCCUGUUGGAUAUUUCUUUUCCUCCCCUUGUAAAAAGAGUGUUAUACAGGAAAAGAAAACUAAAAAGGAAAAUUAUACAAUGAAUAAUCCAUUUGGAAAUCAUACAAUGACAAAGAAGAAGAAGGAAAAAGCCAAAGAUGUUGAUAUUAUUAAAAACAAAAUGGCAGGUUGGGGUUCAAUGAAUUCUAAAUGGAUGGAAUUUAAUAUUGAAAAAGUAAUGCCAUGUCGAUGUGUUGAAUGUGAAUUGAAGAGAUUUGAGAAACAUUUUGAUUCAUCUAGAGUUAAAGUUAUUCUUCUUGUUGAUUAUGAUAGUUGGGCAACAGAUGAAUUAAGUUUAGAUUUUAAGAAAUUAGAAAAUAUUGGAUUUACAACUGAAGAUAUUUCUAAAAUGUAUUUGUGGUGUUUCUAUAAUGGUUAUAUUUAUGAGAAGGGAAUGAAAAAGGAGGAUGCAAAGAAAGUAUUCGAUUGUUAUAAUUUUAUUAUUGAUGAAGAUGAAAAAAUUGAUGAAAAAGAUAGUGAAACAUUGAAAGUUAUUACAGAAUAUAAGAAUUUGAGAAAUACCUAUCAGAAUACCAUUUUUGGAAAGUUUAAUUCAUUGGAUAAUUUACAAAUGUCACAAACCAAUUUACAACCUCAAUCAGCUGAUUUGGCCAUUCUCUCAACUCUUGAACAUUUAUGUAACAACUUAUCAAAGAUUGAAAAUCCACCAAAGAUUUGUAUUGUCACAAGAGAUCGUGAACUUUCUAAUACUGCAAAGGGUAUGAAUCAAAAUAAUAUGAUUAGAACACCUUUUGGAUCUGUUAAUUAUGUUUUUAAACAAGCAAAGAAACUUUUCCAAUAA